AAAAAUCCUAUAAAUGUAGAAUCCCUCCAAAAUUACCAAUAUAUAGAAUCCAAUUCCACCGAUUCCAAGCACAGAACGCCACAAAUUUUUUCCCUUCUUCUUCUUCCUCCACAUUUGUGUCCAAACCCAUAAGGCUCUACUACUUCUAUCUCCAUUUUUAAGUUAUUUGUUUUUUUAUCAAAGAAUUCGAAGAUGAGGCUGUUGAAGGUAGCUACUUGUAACUUGAACCAGUGGGCUAUGGACUUCGACUGUAACUUGAAGAACAUAAAGGAGUCAAUAUCUAAGGCCAAACAAGCUGGUGCGGUUAUUAGACUCGGCCCUGAACUUGAAAUCACUGGCUAUGGAUGUGAAGAUCAUUUCUUGGAGCUUGACACCGUCACUCAUGCAUGGGAGUGUCUGAAGGAAAUUUUGCUCGGCGAUUGGACUGAUGGGUUAUUGUGCAGUUUUGGGAUGCCGGUUAUUAAAGGAUCAGAGCGUUACAAUUGUCAAGUUUUGUGCUUUAACAGGAAAAUUUUAAUGAUACGUCCAAAAAUGUGGCUUGCUAAUGAUGGUAAUUACAGGGAGCUUAGAUGGUUUACCGCGUGGAAGCAAAAAGAUCAGCUUGUUGACUUUCAGCUCCCAAUUGAAAUUUCAAAGGCUAUAAAUCAGGAUUCAGUGCCUUUUGGUUAUGGAUUUAUUCAGUUUUUAGAUACAGCUGUUGCUGCUGAAGUUUGUGAAGAACUUUUCACUCCUAUCCCUCCACAUGCUGAACUUGCGCUUAAUGGGGUUGAAGUGUUCAUGAAUGCUAGUGGAAGUCAUCACCAAUUGAGGAAGCUUGAUCUUCGUAUUCGUGCUUUCAUUGGUGCUACUCAUACUCGAGGAGGGGUUUACAUGUACAGUAAUCAACAAGGAUGUGAUGGUGCCCGCCUUUAUUAUGAUGGAUGUUCUUGUAUUGCUGUAAAUGGAGAAGUAGUUGCUCAAGGAUCACAAUUUUCUUUGAGGGAUGUUGAGGUUGUGGUUGCCCAAGUGGAUCUUGAUGCGGUGGCUAGCCUAAGGGGGUCCAUCAGUAGUUUUCAAGAACAAGCUAGUUGCAAAACGAGAGUGUCAUCAAUAGCAGCACCAUUCAACCUUUGUCAGCCCUUUAACCUGCAAAUAUCCCUUUCUACUCCCCUUAAGAUUGAUUAUCAUUCUCCUGAAGAAGAAAUAGCCUUUGGUCCUGGUUGCUGGCUGUGGGACUAUUUAAGAAGAAGUGGUGCCUCUGGAUUUUUGCUUCCUCUUUCUGGUGGAGCAGAUAGCUCCUCUGUGGCUGCUAUUGUUGGCUGCAUGUGCCAACUUGUUGUGAAAGAGAUUGCAAAUGGGGAUGAACAAGUGAAAGCUGAUGCAAUACGAAUUGGACGCUACACCAAUGGACAAUUUCCCACUGACAGCAAAGAAUUUGCAAAGCGCAUAUUUUAUACUGUUUUUAUGGGAUCUGAAAACAGUUCUGAAGCCACUAGACAGCGGGCAAAGGUUCUAGCCAAUGAGAUUGGUUCAUGGCAUCUUGACGUUUCAAUAGAUGGUGUUGUUUCUGCGUUAUUAUCCUUGUUUCAAACACUAACCGGCAAACGACCGCGUUAUAAGGUGGAUGGGGGUUCUGAUGUUGAGAACCUAGGAUUGCAGAACAUUCAAGCUCGAAUCAGGAUGGUGCUAGCAUUUAUGUUAGCCUCACUCUUGCCUUGGGUUCAUAACAAAUCAGGAUUCUAUCUCGUUUUGGGUAGUUCUAAUGUGGACGAAGGAUUGCGUGGUUACCUAACAAAGUAUGAUUGUAGCUCAGCAGAUAUAAAUCCAAUAGGAAGUAUUAGCAAGCAGGAUCUUCGGGCAUUCCUGCGAUGGGCUGCCAUCCAUCUCGGUUAUUCAUCCUUGGCAGAGGUUGAAUCAGCACCACCAACAGCUGAAUUGGAGCCUAUUCGUUCUAACUACAGUCAGCUUGAUGAAGUGGACAUGGGAAUGACAUACGAGGAACUCUCAGUUUAUGGAAGAUUGAGAAAAAUUUUCCGCUGUGGGCCAGUGUCGAUGUUUAAGAAUCUCUGCUACAAAUGGGGUUCGACAUUAACUCCAUCGGAGGUGGCCGAGAAAGUGAAACACUUCUUCAAGUACUAUUCUAUUAACCGCCAUAAAAUGACUGUCUUAACACCUUCGUAUCAUGCUGAGAGUUAUUCACCAGAGGAUAAUAGGUUUGAUCUUCGUCAGUUUCUCUAUAAUGCAAGAUGGCCCUAUCAAUUCCGCAAGAUUGAUGAACUUGUUCAGGAGUUGGAUGGAGACAAAGUUGCUCCGAUUGUGGGGAUGGGGGUUGUGGCAGCGGGCUCUGGCGAUCCAAGAGCUGGCCUUUGAUUUUGAAAGGCUAAAAGUUUUCUGAUAGCAAAUAAAAUAUUUUUUCGGCUGUUCAUUCUUAAAGAAAAUGUAUAAUGAAAUUACAUUCCGUUUUUAUUGAAUAACAUUCACAGUGCAUUCUUUUGUUAA